CCCAACACCUCACGCCGUUGUAUUAUAACCAUUUUUGUCCUUACGAAAACCCACAGAAAGUGUGAGAGAGUAUGCCUCCUAUAUAUAUCUACAUAUGUAUAGCUAUGUAGGUGUGUUGGUGAUAUAUAUAGGUAGAGAGUGAGAGAGCGAUCUGUAGGUAAAUUGGGUAUCAGUAUAAAAGUCCAGGGAAAUUAAGAUCUGGUUUGAUUUGGUUGGUUUUGGAAGGGAAAAGAAAGAGAGAGAGAGAGGGAUCUAGAGAGAGAAAUAGAGAUGAUAUUGGUGGCGAUACUGGCGGAGCUGUUGGAGGAGUACACGGUGCUGCUGGCGAGGGUGGUGGAGCAUCUGUUCCACGACGCACCAUUGCCGUUUCCUCGGAGGGUCCGUUUCCUCAUAAUCCGCAGUCUUCCCUUCGUUUCCCCUUCCCUUCCCCUUCCCCUUCCCCCUCCUCCUCUCAUUAGAGCCCCUCCUGCUUGAAUAUUAUGUGUUUGUUAAGGUUUGAUUUUGAAUUUGUUUGUUUAUAAAUCCGAGUUUUGUUCUUUCCCCUCUUAAUUCUGUCGAAGAAUAUGUAACUACCAUGUAUAUAACUUUUGAGAAUUAGCCUUUUCUAACCUUCAGAUGAUUCUGGAAAGUGUUUGAUUACUUGAUUUAAAUGGUGGUAAUAAUACUACACAUGGUCGGUGUAUGUGUAUUUUUAAAAAUAAUUAUUUCAUUUUUUUCCUUCAAAUAAAAGCAAGUAUGGUGAAUAUCAUGUCUCUGAAGUCUAAACUUUUAGGAUCAUAUUCCUUCCAAGUUUAAUUACAAAUUUUUUUUUUUUUUUUGAGUGUAUAUAUAUAUAUAUAUAAACAUAAAUAUAUAAACAUAUGUACACACAGACAGAGAAAUGGAUAGCAGUAGUAGUGUGAGUUGUCGGUUUGCCAAUGAAUUUGUUACGCGUGGCCACCGAAUAGAUAAUGAUUAAGGAUGGGACUCCGAAUGUAUGACGUCAGAUGUGUGAUGUUUCAAAAUUUCUAUGUUUCUGAUGCGUUGGUGGGAUGGAAUAAAAGAUGUGAAAUUAAAAAAAAUAGGCACUGAGUAGUUUGGUUAAAUAUUAAUUUAAAAUAUUUUUUAAAUUUUUUUUAAAAAUAUAAAAAAGACUUAUUUGUUUUUAAUUUUUUAAUCACAUAUAUUCUAAAACAUUAGAUAAUAAAAAUGAUUUAUAUACCCCUACACAUGGUAUUUCUCUCCCCUCCAUCUCUGUAUGAAGGACGACUCUUCCCUAAAAUUCUCUUUCCCUUUCAGAAAGAUGAAGUAGUGCCGAAGCCGUAAUUGGCCGUUCGACUUCGAUCAACGUCAACGACUAUGACGAUUCUACGCAAAUUGCGGCGAAGAAGAUUUUUGGGGCUAAAGCGAAAUUGAGAGAUGAAGUAUGUAGAAAUCUGAUGAGCUAAGGAUACGAUGGUGUUGGGUAGGAAUUGAUUUGUGUCGUUAAGAACGUUAUUUGAUGGAAUCAUCAGAUAAGAGCCUUAUGCGCUCGAAGGUAACAACCCUCUCUGAAUUUCCGAUGAUUUCUUCUUGUUGGUGGUUAAUGGUUAUGAAUUUGUUGCUGAUACGGAACAUGAAAAGGGCUUUACCCUCCAUAACUCCAUUCUUACGGAGCUUCUCAUUCCAUCUGAAUACACGCACUUUUCUGCUAUGAGCUUCUUCACUCAGACUCACCAUUUCUUACACUCCGUGUUGAUACGAUCCACCAACGAAAACUCCAUUGCCAAUUCAUUAUUCCUCUUCGAUUUGCUGUAGAUCAAGAACAGAGACAUCAUUGUUCCUCUGUACACGAUCAAAGAGAGUGUCAAACACUCUAUAUGGUUUAUUGUGUAUAUGAAUUUUUGUAUUAUUAUUAUAAUUUUUUUUUUUUUUGUUAGUUAAUUAAUUUUGGGGAAACCAAACCCAUUAAUUGUUUCUUUCAAUUUAUUAAUUAGGGUAUUUACAGAUUGAUUUGGGAAUUCUAGUAUUGGAGUUUAUGGUU